AUGAGCAAACCACAGAUAAUAGACUCGCACAUCCAUCUCUUCCCAGCAAGCCACCUCAAAACACUAUCCUGGCACAUUCCCAGUAACCCCCUGGGCGCCCAGCACAGCGUAAACGAAUACCGCCAAGCAAACAACUCCCAAGUCCGAGGCUUCAUAUUCCUCGAAACAGACCGAAUCUCCUCCCUCUCCCCGCCAAACUGGACCCACGCUUUAGACGAGGUUUCAUUCCUGGCGCGCAUUGCGCAAGGCACGCCUGUCCCAGGGGAGGGUCACAAUCCACAAGAUAAAGACCUCUGUCUGGGUAUUAUUCCAUGGGCGCCGAUCCCCAGCGGUGCGGAUGAGGUAGCGCGGUAUUUGGGCCUUGUGCGUGAGCGCAGUGGUCAAUCCUGGGGCGCUGUGAGGGGUGUGAGGUACCUUGUUCAAGACAAGGCUGCGGGCACUAUGCUUGAGGAUGGAUUUUUGGAUGCGUUGAGGUAUUUGGGGAGGGAGGGGCUGACUUUUGAUCUUGGGGUUGAUGCUAGGAGUGGGGGGUUGGGACAGUUAAGAGAGGCAGUUGCGAUGAUGAAAAGGGUGAACGAAGGGGAUGGGGUGACUAUGAUUAUAAAUCAUAUGUGCAAGCCCAAUCUACGGCUUUCGAAUGGGGAAUUGCGCUCUCAUUCUGAGUUUUUGGAGUGGAAAGAUCUUAUUGGGGAAAUGGCUCGCACACCUCAAACUUACAUGAAGCUUUCUGGGGCGUUUUCGGAAUUGUUGCCUCUGGGGGAAGAAGCUGACAUCGCGAGUAUAGUGGAAAGCGUUCGGCCUUGGACGGACGUUGUGUUUGAUACUUUUGGGGCUGAACGUGUGAUGUUUGGAUCGGAUUGGCCUGUUUGCAAUGUCGGUGGAGGGGGAAAUGAUGUGUCGUGGAGCAGAUGGAGAUCUGUUGUGGAACAAAUUCUCGACCAAAGGAAAUUGUCCGAGGAGCAGAAGAGAGGCGUGUGGGGAGACGUUGCUCUACGUGCAUACGGGAUUGUGAUUUAG